CCCAUACUUUAGUAGUAAUAUAAUUUCCUCCUUUUGUGUGUUUUACAAAAGUCAUAAAAGUCUGCAGGAGAAUUAGGCUAAAUGAGGUGUUGCAACUUUAAGUGUAAUAGUCUGUAUUAGAUUAAUAUUUUUUUUGCAUGGUAUCCCAUACAUCAUAUUCACCAUCUUGUGAUGCAUGUGGAGAAAGCUCUUGCAGCAUCAUGGGUCUGGGACUGUCACGUAGAAAUCUUUAUAGCACGCUGUGAAUACACUGACAUACACUGAAGGCUGAGGAAUGUGGAUCUGUCUCAACAAACCCACAUGUGGCUCAGUGUCAGAAAGCCUGGUAAUAUAUGUCUGUGUUUCCUAAAUCCUAGGCUACCACUGGGAUGACUAUGACAUGCGCGGCCCACACACGCUGGUGGGCUGCAGCAGCGAGGGGGCCACAGCCGCCCCGCCAGACUUGCUGAUGCUGAGCCAGGGCACCUCCCUCUUCCACGGAGACAACCCCAUGGAGGGAACGCCACUGCUGCCAUGCUCUGCUGCCACACCCCUGCUGAGUGUGGACGCCCGGGGCGGUCCAGACAGCCGGGACACACCAGACGCUGACGAGGACAAUGAUGAUCCCUGCAGCUUUGAGGAAAUACUCCUGGCAAAUAAUAUAUCUGUUGACUCAUGCCAAGACCUGACUCUUGAUCAUUCGUCUAAAUACAACAUUGUCUCGGACCUUGAAGAUGACUGCCCAGAGUCAGCCCUGAAGAUAUCCAACUUGCCUUCUGUCGUCGAGGACGCCAACAGGCUCGGCAGCCCCAGGAGCCGCCGCCCCUUCCACUGCAGAGACUACAGCUGCGUGUCGGACCUGUCCUUCCUCUCCGCCCUGGAGGAGGAAGGCGUUGACGACUCAAUGUCUGAACUCCAGGAAUCUGACUGUGAGCCGCUGGAUAGAGUCAGUGAGCCCCUCACACCCACACUGGUGCAGACUUCCCUCUCAGAAGUGUUUCUAUAGUCUUGUGAUGUGAUGACAGCUGCUGCUGGACAAGGAGCAAAAACUUUUUACCCCACCAACUCCCAGCAGUUUGUUUAACAUUAAAUUAAAUUUGUGGGAAAGAUAAAUAUGAAUUACAUGUUAGGUAGGUAGAUAGAUAGAUAGAUGGAUGAAUAGAUAGGUAGAAGUACUGAGAGAAAGAAGAAAUUAUUAAAUAUACUUUUAUACAAAUAUAUACAUAACAUACACAUUCUGUUCAUGUUUCAGACAAACUUGCAUUCAUGGAAAGAUUACUAAAAUCUAAUUUAGCACAAACUAAAUUCAUUAUUCCGUAAGGAAAAAAUGGAACAGGUGUAGUUGCUUUCUAUUACUGCAUGAAAACAUGGAGUAACUAACAGCACUUCUAUAAAUUAUCUAAAGUAUCACAAGCAGUGUGCAACAUUUUCUCAAGCCAAGCCUUCACAUGUCAGGUCAGCACAAUGCGUAGAAGAGAACAUUUUUACCAACAAGGCUGAGCCGAGUGAGUCGAGAAUCACAUAAAGUUUUGUACAAACAAGCAAAGGACAGAGACACUGUGUUAAGAACAUAAGAACAUAAGAACGAACAUAAGAACGUAAGGAGUCUGCAAGAGGCCGGUUGGCCUAUACAAGGCAGCUCCUGUACACUCAACCCCACCUUACCUCACCAUCCAUGGCUUUAUCUAACCUCUUCUUGAAUGUAUCUAUGGUAUUGGCACCCACAACAUGGCUCCCAAGCCUGUUCCAUUCGCCCACCACUCUAUUAGUGAACCAAUUCUUGCCUAUGUCUUUGUUGAAUCUGAAUUUGUCUAACUUAAAACCAUUGCCACGCGUCCUACCUGGCUCUUUCACUCUCAAAAUUUUAUUGA